AUGAAAUUACACAUAUAUGAAAGAAUAUAUGAUAAAAUCAAUAACGUCAGCAUAAUAAUUGCUUCUGAUAGAAACAGUUUUGUAAAAAGAUAUGGAACUUAUGAUUUAAAUCGGUCUAAAGACGUUGAUUCCACUGCUACCUUUUCGGAUUCUGCACAGGCUGCAAAUUUCUCAUCAUCAUCAUUAAUUAAUCAUUCAUUAUCUAAAUUGACAUUUCAACAACACCAAACUUCUGUUAAUAAAAAUUCAUCUUCAAUAUCUAAAAAAUCUGAAUCAUCAACUAAAAUAUUAUCUCCAAUUAAUACGUCAAAUUUCGACAAUACUAUUACCACGAAUCUUGAUGAUAUCCCUCAAUCACCUUAUGGUGGCAUAAAAGUUACAACUGUUGUAGAGGUAUUAAAUAGUCCUAUAAAAAAUGAAUUUGAAAACGAAGUUGCUUCUUCCACUACUCCCAAAGUCAAUCAAUUUCGCACUUCAACUUCUUCAACAAAAAGUAAAAAAAGAAAUUCUCGUCCUGAAAAUAUUUAUACUUCAGUUAACGAUUUGCUUGUUAGUAAUGGGGAACGUAAAAGAGAAAAGGAAUUUUGGAUAAACAAAAAGAAAUCAUUAUUCCUAAAGAAAUGGCUUUUAUCGAUUGAUGAAAAUAUAACAAUUGAAGAUGAUAAAAUCAAUAACGUCAGCAUAAUAAUUGCUUCUGAUAGAAACAGUUUUGUAAAAAGAUAUGGAACUUAUGAUUUAAAUCGGUCUAAAGACGUUGAUUCCACUGCUACCUUUUCGGAUUCUGCACAGGCUGCAAAUUUCUCAUCAUCAUCAUUAAUUAAUCAUUCAUUAUCUAAAUUGACAUUUCAACAACACCAAACUUCUGUUAAUAAAAAUUCAUCUUCAAUAUCUAAAAAAUCUGAAUCAUCAACUAAAAUAUUAUCUCCAAUUAAUACGUCAAAUUUCGACAAUACUAUUACCACGAAUCUUGAUGAUAUCCCUCAAUCACCUUAUGGUGGCAUAAAAGUUACAACUGUUGUAGAGGUAUUAAAUAGUCCUAUAAAAAAUGAAUUUGAAAACGAAGUUGCUUCUUCCACUACUCCCAAAGUCAAUCAAUUUCGCACUUCAACUUCUUCAACAAAAAGUAAAAAAAGAAAUUCUCGUCCUGAAAAUAUUUAUACUUCAGUUAACGAUUUGCUUGUUAGUAAUGGGGAACGUAAAAGAGUUAAAAAUCUUAAAAUUGGAAAUAAGAGAAAAGGAAUUUUGGAUAAACAAAAAGAAAUCAUUAUUCCUAAAGAAAUGGCUUUUAUCGAUCCAAAAUUGUUGACUCAUGGUAAUCUUGUUAGAAUUCCAUCAAAUCGUAGAUUAAAACGCAUCAAUAGUAACAUACACAGGAAAAAAAUACCAAAAAAUAUGGAAUAUGCACCAACUUCAAACCCAACCCAUUCCAAUGAUCCUACUGAUAUAGAUGCUGAUCUUCCGCAAAAAAACUCGGCUUAUCCAUGGUUGCCAGAACUUUCUAAACCUCCCCAAUUGCUUCACGCUUCACUUGUACCUUUACCUCAUUGUUCUACGAGUUCUUCCCUAAUUUCAAAUAUUUCGACAUCUAAUUUUCUUUCUCGUAAAAAUUCUUUGAGAAAACGUACAUCUUUAAUACAAUCAUCUAAUCGAGCAUCACUUAUCUUUAGACGUCAACUUCUAGAAGAGAAUACGAUUAUGUCAACAAUUGAACCAACUUUUCCAACCCAUUUGCUUAGUUCUACACCAUACUCUGAUAAUCAUUCAUCGACUAAUAAAAAAUUAAAAUUUCCACAUACACUGCCACUGGGAUCAUUGCCCACAACCUCCAAAACUAAUCAACAACAAUCUUUGGGAAAAGAAGAAUUUGAUGACGAGCUUUAUUCAAAUAAUAAUAAAGUAUUACCUUCAAUUGCAAAUAAACCGCAAAAGAUUAAUAUAAAUAUUCUUGGAGGUCUUUUUAAUAAGCAAAAUCCAAAGGAAACUAGUGCUAAUCAACAACAAUCACUACAAAAUCAUCACCACCAAUCGGUUUCUACAUCAAUUACAUCAACACAAUUACCUCUAUCACCUUUAUCACCAACAACUCCACUUCCAACAAAAUCACAUUUUAUAUCACAGAAAACCUCACCUCCACAAUCGCCACCAUUAAGUCCAUCAAAAUCUUCACGUUUACCGACUCAAUUACCCAGAGUAGGAAAACAACGUCAUAUGAACGAAGUUCUUCAACAUUCUUCAAACUCAAAGAAAAUAAGAAAAAGAGAACAAUCUGAAGUAGGUACCGAUACAACUCAUAUAAUUAGUAAUAAUACAGCAAAUCGCUCAGUAGGAAAGAUAAAAAUUUUAAAAAUUGACAAUGACAACAAUAGCAAUGCUUUAUCUUCCACCACAUCGUCCUUCUCAAAUUCUACCACAAACUCAAAUGAUUUCAAUUCUUUAAUGAAUAAUAAUCACGAAAGAAAAACCCUCAUUAAUAUGAAAGUGCCUUCAACAUACAUUCACAAAGGUCAUUUUUGCCAAGAUUCAUAUAACGGAAUUAUUUUUGGAAAUAGAGAAAGCAUUAACAAUAAUAGCGAUAAUUACGAUCGAAAUUCUGUCGAUUCAGCAGAUAAAAUUUCAUUAGUCGACAGAAUUUGUUCAUUACAGACCUGA